UCCCAUGCGUCUGUCCCUCCCUUACAGCUGCCAGCUGUCGCUCUCCUCUAGUUUACAUAAUGACUGAGGGUUUCUUCAUAGCUGGCACAGGUAUGGGGGAGAUUUCGCUUUCUUAAGGCAGAAAACCUCUGCUGAACACUUUUGUCUGAGUGACCCGGCUUGGAUUCAUCACUCCCAGACACGAUGAAGCCUCUGGUCACCUGUUUUCUGAUCGCUGGUUUCAUUUUCAUUGCUGUGCAAGAGGAUGUACACAUGGAGGAAUGUGUUUUUAAGAGGCUGGACCGUGAGGACAGCACAUUUUGCAGAGGGGACCUAAAAGUUGUGUAUCCAGAACUGGGAGAUGUUGGCUGCAUAUAUAUCCCAAAGUGUCACUUCUACCGUAAACGGAUCAGCAAGGAAUGGAGUAGUCCAGAUGUCAGGUAUCCAAAGGCAGAUGAGAGGAAGAAAUACAUUCUCAUCAUGGUGGAUCCAGACGCUCCUAGCAGAGCGAAUCCAAAGUUCCGUUUCUGGAGACACUGGACUCUGGUCGACAUCAAAGGUGCUGACCUGAAGAAUGGGAACCUGGAAGGCCAUAUAUUAUCAGAUUACCACCGACCCACACCACCAUCUCAAACUGGUUACCACCGCUACCAGUUUUUUCUUUAUGAACAGCCAAAUGAACCCAUAGCUUUGAGUCCAGAAGAGCGUUCAACUAGAGGUUCUUGGGACAUGGAGGACUUUGUGGAUCGGUUUGAUCUUGGAAGACCUGUGGCUUCAACGCAGUUCAUCACUAAGAAUUACCGUGAGAAGGAGCAGUGAAAAUGAGAUUUCCCCUUGCUUUUGAAAUGCUUUGACUUGCAUUUUUUUUCCCUUUGGAGCUGAAGAGUGUGCAUGCUUACCAGUUCCAGGGGCUUUGCUGAGGUGUGAUUUAUAGUCUUUUAAGUCCAACCUUCUUCCAGCUAACCUUCACUUUGACAUGGAGAGGGCUCUGUAGACAUCCCUAACUCUAUAUGACCUCUUCUUUACAUGACCUCAGUGAUGCUUUUCAUAUUACCUUGCAUGCAAAGACACCAACAGAUUAAUAAUCCCCAUAGAUUCCUUUGCAACAAGCCUGUCGUGAUCACAGAGACCUCUCCAGUUCCUUGGAGCUAGGAUUUCCGGAGGGAGUUUCCUCUCAAAAUGGUAACUCUGUAAAUUUACCAGUAAGCCAAUUUGUGUGACUGGCCUUUAAAAAGAAAAUCCGAGAGAUUGAAACUCCGACUCCCAAAAAGAAGCCAAUUCCAUCUGUUCCUCUUUUGGUUAAACGGUGUUAAAUCAGUCCUGUUUAGACUGAUUCUUGGCAUUAGUAAAGAAUCCUCUUAUGUGGAUCUUGAAUAUCAUGGAGUAAAUGGGUGCAAAAGAAAGUUAUCUGUAUCCAAUAACUGCAAGCAUUUGCAAACAUUGCACAAUUCUGAUAAGGUUUUAAGUGCUCCUUCGCACAUUUCCCCUCCUGUCCAAUAUCGCUCCUGCCUUGAAAGUACUGAGACUUGAUCAGACCUAUACCUAUUCACUGGUAACAAUAAGGACACUUGCUUUAUGCAUCCCAGUGGCAAUAAGCUUCCGAUCUUUAUUUCUUUCUAGUGCUUCUUUGCAUGUUAUCCUUUCUAACCCAAGCCUACAGUAAUACUUCCUAGACGUGGUGUGUUUCUCUCCCCACUCUGCUCCUCUUAACCUAAAUACCUUCAAUGCAUUGCAGCAAUAAAAACAGAGCAGCAUUUGA